UGUUGUGAACGAUUAAAUUUCUUAUCACCGUGGCUAUUGUUGUUUGUCAAUAUAUAUAACAAAGAGUAUGUAAUCACUACGUUAUAAUACAUAAGGUUAUCAUAGAAUCAUAUCGUGAUUUAUUUAUGAAAUUAAUAAGAUGUGCAAUGUUGAAGAAAUCGCGGACUGUGGAGAUAUUUUGACUUUGGGUAGAGCAUUGUUUAUAGCAGAAAAGGAAGAUAAAACUUGGCUUUCAAAAUGUUCAGUUUCACUUUCGUCUUGCGGAAAUUUAUUGGCUGUUGGGUACAAAAAGCGUCUUUGUCUCUUAACGGCUCAGUGGAUUAGUUCAAUUGAAAGCAACACAUAUUUGGUAUCGUGGAGUGGAACGCUUCCAUUUGAAAUCACCUCUAUUUUGACACUAUCUAUUUGUCCUUCACAACAAUCUUCACAGAAUGGACCAGAUUGGUUCUGCAUAGUUGUUGGAUUUCAAAAUGGAAGUAUUGGUUUUUAUACAAACACAGGACAUUUGUUAUUACAUGAAAAGUUAGAUGAAAAACCUGUAUUAAAAAUCUCAUGUCAUACAGGAACGUAUGGUACACUGCCAGAUGAUGUUCACAUUUUGUUUCAAACUGGUGUCUGUGUUCUCACUGGAUCAGGUUUGUUCCAAACACUGAGAAAUGCAAAGGCACAAGUUGCAAAAGUUCAUGCUGGUAUCCGGGAUGACAAUGCAGUUGAUACUAAAAACAUUCAAAUAAGAAAAUGGUCGUUUUCUGAACAAGAACAAAUUAACGAUGCUGCAGUUGUUGGCCUAGAGUUAAAAAAUACUUAUGACCAUUUCCUAGCAGCUUCAACAUAUGGAGGAUAUGAUACAUGGUACCGAUCAAUUCCGCCAGUUAAUACAUUAGUUCUCACAACAGGCAUAGCACCUUACAUGGGAUUUCAGUAUGCAUUAGAGGGGGGCACAACUCCACCUCUCCAGGAUGUAGCCAGAGCAGUUGCUAAUAAAAUUAAAUCUGCAUUACCUGGCUGGUUGGGUGGAUCUACAGAGACUGCGCCAACUAAUAAUGAGCCCCUAAUAAGAGCGGAACAGUUGUCCAUGAGAAAUGGUAUUUUUGACGCACAACGCCACGGCACAACAGUUGCUAUUUCCCCGGACCGGCGUCUCGCAGCAUUCACUGAUAGUUUAGGUCGAGUGGCUGUCUUGGAUAUUAGUAAAGGCUAUGUUAUAAAACUUUUCAAAGGAUGCAGAGAUGCUCAGUGCGCUUUUGUUCAAAUCUUUGAUGCUGAUACUAAAAAACCUCAACUUUCUCUAGUCAAAGAGAUACGAAGAGCAUUGUUUUUAAUAAUUUACAAUCCGAAAAAAGGCCUAAUUGAUAUAAGACUUAUGCAAAGAGGUAGUAGAGUGGCAGUAUUUACAGCAACAAAAAAUGGGAAACUAUUAUACAAUACUUGUGGUUUAACUGGUGCAGAAAAAAACUAUACCCACAAAAAACUUAACUUACCAGAAUUUCAGUGUGUACUGAUUGAUCCAGAUGGCAAACUCAAAAGAUUUAAUAUUCCAUUCUACUAUUCAUUGGAGGGAGAACAUUUAGAGAGAUCUAAAGAUUUACACAUUAUUAGAGCGAUACGUGAUAGUAUAAAGAAAAAUCCUUAUGUGACAGAAGAAAUUAAAGAUGAAAUAAUACAAAGUGCUGCAAAGUUAAAAACAUUGGAGAUUAAAAAACAUUGCUUAGAAAUGUUGAUAAAAAACUGUGAAACAUCGUCGGAAACACUCAUUUCUUGCUUAGAAAUAUUUUGGGAUAGUCUUACUGAUGAGAAGUUAAAUGACCAUAAUAAAAAAAUUAUGAACUAUUUUGGGAACCUUGCAUUAGUCACUCUAUUUCAUAGACAUAUUUGUAACGAAAACACUGAGGAUAUGCAAAAUUUAAUAGCGAAAGUUUGUGAAACAUUUGGGCUUAAGCAGCCACUAAAGACAUCAGAUGAAAUAAAUGAUGAAGAUGACCUUGACUUUCAUCUUUUAGAAGACGAUAACUGUAUAUUAGAACGAUUAUUAAUUUUGGCACAAGAAAAAGAUUUUAGGGAGCAGCAACACACAAAAGUUACUUUUGCAGAUAAUCGUAUAAGCACAUAUAAAGACUUUAUCUCUUGUUUUGUAUUAGACAACAGAAGAGAAUUCAUCACUUUGAAACCAGAUAUUACAACUGAGAAACUAAAUAAUUUAUCAUGCGAUAUUUUCAAGUCCAUUCUGAAACUAAAUGACCUUACUUUGUUGACAGACUUUGUUAAAGAUAGUAAUAUUGAUCCUAAAGAAAUCGUUAAACUUGUUAUUAUGCAUGUGUCAAGCAUGCCACUUGAACAAAUUAAUUUAGAUUUGAUUGAAAAAAUAAUUGCUGUGCUGUAUUAUCUAUGCAGAGGUUCCAAAGAAGCUACUGACAUUAAAUAUAAUGAAAUAUCUCCAUGGUGGGAAAAUAUUCGCGAAAAACUAGUGGACUUGCCGUGCCCCCUCAGAAGUAUGAUAAUCGCGAUGGCUUGUAAAUCUGUUACCAACAUUUUUGAAACCAAGUCUUCUGAAAAUGAGGACGCUUGGGAAUCUCUCACGAAAGAAACUGCAAAAUGGGGUAUUCUAAUCGGCAAAUUAGAGGAUAUAUCUAUAUUAAGUAUCAUUUUAAUGUGUAAAACCAAUUUUAACGGCAAGACGCUGCCUAAACUACCUUUUGAAGAGAUGAAUAUUAAUUUAAAAUAUAUUUAUACGCGGGGGAAGGGCUCAGUGACAGAGUUGAUCGCUAAAUGGCUUUGCGGCAUGGGCGUGCCUCCAGAGGCAAUAGUGGCGAAUGAACUUAUGGAAAUAUUUGAUGCUACUUCCGAUUCAGAAAUAAAUAGUUCAGGGAGCGACGAUAAGACUGAAUUUGUGUUUAUGGAAAAUAAUCGUCAUCAUAUUGAUAAUAAUCCACAGGUUUUUAAAUGGUUAUCCCUCCUUCGAAGACAGUUUCCAUUAAGUACAAAGGCUGAUUAUGUUAUUGCGAAUAUGUGUUGGGAGUAUGCAAUGGAAUGGCAAAAGUCUUUGAACAAAACCAUGGAGUUGGAAGCGGUACUACAUUGUUUACAAAACAUAUUGGACUUACAUUUACGUUUAGGUUUAUUUUCCAUAAUUUGGUUGACAUACAUAAAAUAUACCUUUGAAGACAGUUGUCGCCUCGUUAACAAAGUGGGCAAGCUGCCUAAAGAUCAUUUGUGCGUCCAAGAUCUUGGAUUCAACAGCGAAUGUUUGAAGAGUUUUCUCAAAACAACGAAAGAUUAUCUGGACAGAUUCUACACUUGUUCUUUAAAGACAUUUGAUCACACAAAACAAGAAAUACAAUUUGAAAAAAUUUGGGACGAAAGUUUGCCAUCUCUAGUAGAAGUCGCGCAAGAUACAAAAAAUCUUAACAUUGAUAUUUUAAAUUUGAACUAUCAAAUCGCCUGCACUAUUUAUUAUCAAUGUCAUUUCAAUUUAAAGUUCACAAAACCAUUAGAUAGUCUUUACGAUAUUGACUAUCAGUACAUAUUGGAAGCACUCGCAGGCAACGUUGUACAAAGAGAUAUAAGUAUGAAAUGUUCGGAAAAGUUAAUGGGGCCCAGGAUGAAAUAUCUUACAAAACUGACGCGCACUGCAGUUGAAACAAUAAGUUGCGUAGAUAAUAACGUAGAAUCCAAAUCGUACAAUAAUGAAGAAUGCUUACAUUGGAUUGAAAACAUCUGUGUUUUAGCAGAGCUAUGGGGCAUUGAUAUCAACUUUGUGAGGCGCCAAUAUGUGGUUGGCUUAUAUCAUAGAGGAUACGAUGAGUUAGCAGAGAAUAUACUAGGUUUGAUUACAGAACCACAGGUAUUACUGGAGCCAAUAUUAGCGAUAACAAUUCAGAGACUAAAGCGAUACUUAGAGAACUCGACAAAGUCGAACCAGCACUCGAUGAUUGUAACAAUGCCACCACAGCUUUAUAAGAAAAUGCAAAACACGAUUUUGGAUCCAUCAAUUCCAGCUCAUCCAUCACUGUGCACCACUAUACUUGUUCUACAAAAGCUUCUCUCACAAAUAGUCAAAAAAACACCAGAUGCGGAAGAAAUGCAAGACAUCAAAUUAGCUAAACUUAUAAUUGAAAGCUGUGAAAUUUUUAUUCAGUGGAAGCGUGACGCCUAGCGCCCAAGAGUGCUCGCAAGAAUAUAUUGUCUGUAUGUUAAUAAGUAAAAGUUUUAAAGAAAUGCGCACGAGACGCUUUUCUCUACAUAUGCAAUACUAAUUAUUUUCAGUUCACUUUUGUCAUAUCUCAUUCGCUAUA